CGCUAAAAAGAAGUGAUGGGCACUUUGAACAGUUAUUGUGGGGAAGGAAAAAAUGUGUCCCAACAAUCAGUUUAAUCUUGGUCAACUCACACUAGUGAAUACAAGUAUGGUGUGGAGAGUGUGGACAAAAGUUUGAUCUAUCAGCUUUGUUGUUUCUUUUUUGUUCCAAGUUUGCAGCUGUAUUUCACAAGUAUGGUGUGCUCACUGCCCACUGCGUUCUUCACUCAUCAAUGAUGUUGCGUUCAUCAACAAGAGCUUCUCUGCGCUUCUUUUGGCAGCAAUCUCAAUCUCAACUUGGAAAUGUGGAUUAUGCUAUUUGGUUUGUUGACCACAUGGAUUACAUGGGAUAUCAACCCGACGCCCACACUUUUGGAGCAAUUAUAAAUAGAUUGUGCAAGAUGGGCAACACCCCUGCUGCCAUUGCCAUUUUAAGGAAGACGGAAACAAGAAACUGCAAAGCAAGUGUUGAUGUUGGGUGUUAUAACGCAAUUCUGGAUAGUCUUUGCAAGGAUGGGCUGGUAUCCAAUGCUUUGAGUCUAUUCUCAGAUAUGACAAUGAAAGGUAUACAACCCUGUACUAUCACUUACAAUCGCUUGAUUCAAGGACUGUGUACUUUCAGCAGAUGGCAAGAGGCUGCGUCUUUACUCAGCGAGAGGAAACAAAAGGGAAUUAUGCCCGAUACACAUACUUUUAAUAUCUUAAUGGAUUCUCUUUGUAAACAGGGAAAGAUUUCGAGUGCUAGAGCCAUACUUGGUCAAAUGGUUCGAAUGGGAAAGGAGCCUAAUGUUGUCACCUAUCACUCAAUGAUUGCUGCUUAUUGUUCCGAAAAUCAAAUGGAGGAGGCCAUGAAAGUAUUUGAUUUGAUGGUUCACAAGGGAUGCGUACCAAACGUCUACACUUAUACUUCAUUAAUCCAUGGGUGGUGCAAGAUCAAAAGGAUUAAUAAGGCUAUUUAUCUCUUGGAUGAAAUGAUCAAUAAAGGUUUAAAUCUGAAUGUUGUGACUUGGAAUACUCUUAUCCAAGGAUUUUGCAAAGUGGGUAAACCGUUAGCUGCUAAAGAAUUGUUUUUUACAAUGCACAAAUUUGGUCAAUAUCCUGAUCUAUGCAGCUGUGCCAUUAUAUUGGAUGGCCUAUUCAAAUGUCAUUUGUCUUUUGAUGCAAUAUCAUUAUUUAGAGAAAUGGAGAAGAAUAAUUUGGAUCUUAAUAUUGAAACUUACAAUGUGGUGCUUCGUGGGAUGUGCCAUGCCGGAAAACUUAAUGAUGCACUAGAACUCUUCUCUUGUCUGCCAGCAAAAGGCUUGAAACCUGAUGUAUAUACUUAUACAAUAAUGAUCCAAGGUCUAUGUAGUGAAGGACUUCUGAUUGAUGCUGAAGAGUUGCUGAUGAAUAUGGAAGAGGAUGGCUGCCUGCCCAAUUCCUGCACAUAUAAUGUCUUCAUCCAAGGAUUACUACGACGAAAUACUGUUCUGAAGUCAAUAAAAUAUUUUCAGAUUAUGAAAGACAAAGGUUUUGCAGCAGAUGCUACAACCGUGGAAUUGCUUGUAGAUUACCUCUCUACGCACAAAGGAGAGAAUGCUUUUCAAGAAUUUGUGCAGAAAAUUGUUUGAAUAUAUCAAUAUGACCUCUCAGUUCUUUAUUUGAAUUGAGGUUUCGA